UGCUUUGCUUCAGUGGUUAAGAAUUCUUUGAUCAAUUAAUAUAGAGCGAAUGUUUCCUUUGUAAUAAUAAAUCAGUUGGUGUUUCAAUCUUUUACCUGUCAACUUCUUUCCUUUGCCCCAGAACUCUUUGGAAAUCUCAUUCUUCCCCUUCCAACUCCUAAUCGAGAUAUAGACAAGUGGAGGGGGUUAACUGAGAAUUUUUAGGAGUUCAUUCCGCAAACUCGAGGAAUCAAGGAAUCAAUUUCGCCGAAUUUAAACCCCUGUGAAUCUGAAGAUGGCCUAAACAAACGUUCACGUGUUCCAUGGCCUCACAUCUCAUAUGCUUCUCCCUCCGGCAGAUCCCUCUCGUUUGUGGGGCUCCCGUGGACCUUCCUUAAAUUUCUUUCAACUGAAAAUCCCAGCAUUAUACCGACAAUAACAUGUCCCUUUCCGGUCCUUCUGACGUCUUCACGCUUGGUCGUGGUAACACAUCCAGCGAAAAUGAUGACGACUAUCAGGGAAAGGAUCUGGGUUCUCGGGUUUCAGGCCGAAACUCAAUCAGCUCGAACCGAAUGAGCUCUUCUUCGCCCAGGGGUUCCUGCACGUCCUCAACGUUCUCCCAGUUAUCGAUUCUUUCCCUCUCGCCGGUGGUGUCGAACGGCUAUUUAAGCGGCGCGGUGUUUGAACCCAAGAAAACGAGAAAAUCCAAAAGAAAGCCGUGGUCUAGGAAAAGGAUGGUCGUUGGAUUGGCGGUGUUGCUGGGGUUUUUGUUCUUGAUGAAUUCGUGGAUGCUUUCUCGGAUCCAAGAAGCGGGUGGCGCUCGUGGGUAUAUCAAGGUGAAGUUCUUGAAAGCGAAUUCGUCCACUUUAUUCAUCCGGGAAGAACUACAAAAACUUGGUAGAUGGAAAAAACCGCAGAAAACUAUAUAUGCUAGGCUUUUGGCUAAGGCUGCUCAUGCAAUGGCUGAGGGAGAGAGCAAGCCCGAGCCUAAGGACUUGUGGGUGGAACCUUAUAUUCGUGCCUCUUCCUGGACCCCUUGUGCUAAUGCACGCGACUGGGAACCUAGUGAGGGUAAAAAUGGUUACAUAAUGGUCACAGCUAAUGGUGGAAUAAAUCAGCAACGAGUUGCUGUCUGCAAUGCUGUUGCUGUAGCUAGAUUACUAAAUGCGACUCUUGUUCUUCCCAAAUUUAUGUACAGUAGUGUUUGGAGAGAUGCUAGUCAGUUCGGCGAUAUUUAUCAAGAGGACCAUUUCAUCAACUACUUGAAGCCUGAUAUCCCAAUUGUUAAGGAACUUCCAAAGGAAUUACAGUCGCUAGAUUUGGAGGCAAUUGGUAGCGUGGUUAGUGACGUAGAUGUUGUGAAAGAGGCUAAGCCCAGUUUUUACUUGAAAUACAUUCUUCCCAUUUUACAUCUUAACAGAGUGGUUCAUUUUGUUGGAUUUGGGAACAGAUUGGCAUCUGAUCCAAUACCAUAUCAGCUACAGAGACUUCGAUGCAGAUGCAAUUUUCAUGCCCUAAGAUUUGUCCCCAAAAUACAAGAAGCUGGUGCUUUGCUUAUUCAGAGGAUGCGCCAAAAUGAUACCGGCUUGGGACAUUUGGAUAAUUAUCUUGUUGGCCCAUUUGCGCAGUCACAAAAAAAGGGGCAAAGAGUUCGUGCAACUAAAACGUCUAGAUACCUAGCCUUGCAUCUGAGGUUUGAAAUUGACAUGGUGGCUCAUUCUCUGUGCGAAUUUGGUGGAGGUGAAGAGGAAAUGCGCGAACUGGAGGCUUAUCGGAAAGUCCAUUUCCCUGCAUUGGUGGAACUAAAGAAGACAAAAAAGUUUCCCUCCCCAGCUGUAUUAAGAUCAGAAGGACUAUGUCCAUUGACGCCAGAGGAAACGGUUCUUAUGCUUGCUGCCCUUGGUUUUAACCGGAGAACCCAUAUAUACCUAGCCGGUGCACAUAUUUAUGGAGGGAACUCAAGAUUGGCAUCAUUGACCACCUUGUUUCCUAAUCUGGUAACCAAGGAAAGCUUGCUUUCUUCAACUGAAAUUGAGCCAUUUGCAAAUUUCUCAUCUCAGUUGGCAGCACUGGACUUCAUAGUAUGCACAGCCGCUGAUGCGUUUGCCAUGACAGAUUCAGGAAGUCAAUUUUCUUCUUUAAUAGCUGGUUACCGAAUCUAUUAUGGUGGAGGAAAAAUGCCUACAAUACGGCCAAACAAACGCCGGCUUGCUGACAUUUUUUUGAAAAACAACACAAUAGAGUGGAAGGUCUUCGAGACAAGGGUGAGGAAGGCAGUGAGACAAAACAAACGAGUAUUUUCACGGCCUGUUGGAAGAAGUGUAUAUAGAUAUCCCCGAUGCCGGGAUUGUAUGUGCUCUAGUGAUUAAGUUUUGCUGUUGUAUCAACACUUUGAUCUAUGGCCACAACAUUUUUUCAUUUGUACAUUGGAUAUUCUCCAUCUGGAUUUCAUUGAAUCCAUUUAUAUAGACAUUCAUUCAUUUA